UUUGUUUACUAAAACAUAGAAAAAACCGGAAACUUGGUGCUACGUUCAUAUAUGUACAACAACGCAUGGACGCCGGACGAUUUUCGUUGCCAACUUUUAUCUGCUGAUACGGGGAUUACCAUCGGCCAUCGGGAAAAGCCGACUAAAGAAGUAACGACAAUAGAGGCGAUUCAUUCACCCUCCUGAAGAUAUUUAAACGGAACGGAAUUCGCCCGUCGACGAGCACAAUGACACUGUACAAGCGGUAUGUGUCUCCAGUUAGCCCAGCAGUAUAUCCACACCUGACUUUAUUAUUGCUCAGCAUUGGUGUGUUUUUCACGGCAUGGUUUUUUGUCUAUGAAGUUACUGGUACAAAGUAUACCAGAAAUUUGAAAAAAGAACUGACCAUAUCUUUUGUUGCUGCUCUAUUUACCGGCUUUGGUAUUCUGUUCUUAUUAUUAUGGGUUGGAAUAUAUGUAUAAUGCAUUAU